AUGGCCAGCCCUUCCUUUUAUGCCUUUAUCUUUCUUAUUUCAUUGAAGCUUAGUCACGUCUUGGGUAAUCCCAACUGUGGGCCAAUUGUUGCUGAUGAUAUUGACCGGAUUCAAUUUGCUUUUAACCUUGAAUUCCUUGAAGCUGAAUUUUUCUUGUAUGGUGCACUUGGUAAAGGACUCGACGCCAUCGCUCCAACUUUUGCUGCUGGUGGUCCACCUCCUGUUGGUGCUAAGAAGGCCAAUCUUGAGCCUGUAGUUGGUAAGAUCAUUGAGGAAUUUGCAUACCAGGAAGUCGGUCAUCUCAGGGCUAUAAUUACAUCAAUAGGAGGAAUUCCAAGGUCCAAGUUGGAUCUUAGCCCUCAGAGUUUUGCAAACUUAUUUGACAAAGCAGUUGGUUUCAAAUUGAACCCUCCAUUCGACCCUUACUAUGAUACAGUCCACUAUCUCUUAGCAUGUUAUGCAAUCCCUUAUGUAGGACUUGUGGGUUAUGUUGGCACCAUUCCAAGCCUUACCAACGAAACUUCUCAAAGUUUGGUGGCGUCACUUUUGGGCGUUGAGGCUGGACAAGAUGCGGUUAUAAGAACACUAUUAUACGAGAGAGCCGAUCAGAAGGUGCUGCCAUAUAACCUGACCGUAUCUACGUUUACGAACAGAAUCUCUUGGCUCAGAAACAAGUUAGGCAGGUGUGGCAACAAAGAUGAAGGCGUAAAAAUACCUUUCUUUUUUGGGGCGGAAAAUCGUACGCAUAGCAAUGUCCUCUCUGCUGAUUCUAACUCCCGUUCGUAUGCUCGGACGCCGCCAGAGAUCUUGAGGAUAAUAUAUGGAAGUGGCAAUGAGUACAAACCUGGCGGGUUUUAUCCUAACGGUGGGGGUGGGAAGAUUGCGCAGAGCUUUCUUCCAAAACACUAG